GCAUCACGCCGUCUACAUGGGUCGAAAAUAUACCAAUAGUCUUGCUAAUAAAUAUUCUACUUGAUGCGUAUAGUCGGUCUUUUUCAGAUAAACACGAACGGUGUGAUUUCUUUUCUUCGCGAGGUGUCGCAGUACACACCUGAUCCUUUUCCACUCUCAAAUAGCCGCCGUCUAGUCGCGCCAUUCUGGGCAGACGUCGAUACAAGAAAGGGCGGCGCUGUUUACUACAGAGAAACUCAAGACUUUUCUAUUCGCACACGGAUCUCUGAGGAAAUAAGGAAUUUUUUUGUUCGCCAAAGAGGUUUUUCAGCAAAAUGGGCUCUGAUAGUGACUUGGUUGGACGUUGCUCGCUUCGGAGGACCUUCCUCCCCGAAUAACACAUUUCAGACUAUAUUGGCUACAGACGGUGUCAGCUCGUUUUCAAUAUUUCUCUACAAUAAAAUCACAUGGACUUUUGGUUCUGCAAGCAACAAUACAGCAGCCCAGGCUGGUUUCAAUGCAGGUGACGGUAUUCGAUAUUUUAAUAUCCCAAAUUCUCGCACUCCCGCCAUUAUCAACAUUGCCUCGACAUCAAAUUGUCAAGAGGCAGGGAAAUGGAUCUUCAAGAUCGACGGGGAUAAAGUUGUGGAUAAUGGUUGCACAUCUGGUGGCGAUUUGCAACUUUCGCCCAGAUCAGGAAUUGAAUUGGGAGGUACUAAAGUGUUUAUUGGAGGUCCAUGUUAUAAUCCUGGUGAUGAGAUUGUGUGUCGAUUUAACAAGACUAUUAACACAACUGGUGUGAUUGUCAGCUCUAAACUUGCCUACUGCAUCACUCCUCCAUUAUAUAAAAUGCAUGGUCGUAUGCCAAUGGAUGUUUCACUAGAUGGUGGCAUAACGUUCAAUCAUACUGGUAUAUUUAGAUCAAUUCCCUUGGCUAGAAAUCCUCCGGACAUAAAAGGACUGGAAGUUGAAAAUUGGGCAAACUCCACGAAAACUAUCUUGACAUGGAACCCGAGUGCAAUUAACUCUACGCACGUUCACAUCGAGAUAUCUGCAUUUGACGCUUUCAAAUUUUUGCUUCAUGAUGUUAGUUUGGCUAGCUUUAAAGAAGUUCUUAAUUCUGGCAGUUACCAGCUUGAUUUCAGCGCACAUGUUUUCUCGACGAGAAGGCGGCGAAGAAGUGUGGAUACAAUCUCACCGAUUGCAAUUGUUAAAAUAACCCCAUCUGAACCCAGAGUCAAACGAUUUGGUGUCACUCCUAAAAACGCGAUAUUCAGCAGUGUUUUUCUAAUUACAUGGCUGAUAUUUAAUGAUAUCGAAUGUACCAAUUGGUAUGACUUAGAAAAUGACGCAGAAAUUGCAAAACUACAAGAGGAAUUGCUUCCAUGUCCGACGAGUUUUCGACAAAUGUUAGCUGAUUCUGGUCAGUUUAUCCGAGAUUCUGGGAUUAAACGAAUGCUAAGCACAUAUAUCUAUCAUCGCGGUAGUUCAACAUGUUUUCGCUCCAGAAACCCAAGUCCAUCAGGUGCUGGUCAACAAUGUUGUUAUAAUAGUGCAGGUUCAUUGGUCGUGGGACCGCCAGGCGGCGGUUCUUUCGAUAAGAAAUCACCGGAUGAGGAUUUCUGGUGGCAUAUGGGACUCGAUGUCCUUCCUUGGUUUGCUUGCUGUGGAUUCAGUGAAAAUUGCAACAAAUAUUUUGAAAAACGACCAUCUGAUGAUGGAAAGCGAUAUAUUCCUCCACCAAUUGCCGAUACAAGAGGGGAUCCACACUUGUCCACGUUUGAUGGCACAUUCUACACAUUCAAUGGUUACGGUGAAUAUAUUCUUCUUCGUGUGAACAAUGGCACCGAUUUUGAGUUUCAAGGAAGAAUGAAUCCCAUCACUGACAAUCAAGGAAGCACGACAAAGGCAACAGCGCUUACAGCAUUAGUUGCCAAAGCAGCAGAAAGUGACACGGUACAGAUUGAGUAUAACAAGCGGAGAAAGAUAGAUGUUCUUGUCAACGGUGAUCGAGCAGAAUUUGACGAAGAGUCAAGAUUAGAUUAUACAGGAGUAUUUGUUGUUAAACAGAACGAAUCAAAGAUAGGCGUCUACUUCGCUUCAGGGGAAUCUCUCGAUAUCAGAGUAUUUGAAGAGUUUUUAACCUACCAAAUAUCAAUUCCAGUCAGAUACAAAGGAAAAACAGCUGGUCUUCUGGGAUUUUGGGAUGACAGCAAGGAUCAAGAAUUCCUGUUGCCCAACGGAAUUUUCAUUCCAACGAAUUCAACCUCGCAAACCAUUCACAAUGAAUUUGGUCAGAAAUGGAUUGCUACCCAAGAAAACACUCUUUUCACUUACCAUUCUGGAAAGAGUUAUUCCAGCUUUGUCAACCUCGGCUUCACUCCUGUCUUUUUGGAUGACACGUCGUCGCUGUUCUCCAAUUCCACAUUCGAAGCGGAAGUGAGGAACCUUUGUGGCGGAAAUAAGGAAUGUAUCUUUGAUGUUGCGGUGACUGGAAAGACAAGUGUUGGUGAAGCUACUUUAGAAUAUUUUAAUGAACUGCAGCAAAGAACAAAUAACUCACAAAUCGUUGCUAUUCCUAUCUUCUUCGGUUGUGAUGGUGUUGAGAAUAGUAUGAAACAAACAGAUUCUUGUGGUGUUUGUGAUGGUGAUAACUCAACCUGUACAGACUGUGAUUGGAAUAUCAGACCGGGUUUUGUUAACAACGGAACGUGUGCCGGCUUUCACAAUGGUUGGAGUGAGUGGAGUGCUUGCUUCAAGAGCGGCGACGGGAAAAUAAGAACAAGAAACCAAACCUGCUCUGUCAAGGGACGUUGUGGUCAUUUGGUUGGAAAUAUACAACGCGAAAACUGCGAUGAGGAAGAUGAUGCUGAAAGCAGAUCUUCGGUGUUUUAUUUUCUUGUUAUUGGAGUGCCUAUUCUUGUUCUCUUUCUCGUGGUAUCGGCCGUGGGGUUGUUUUACUGGUCGUUCAAGAAGAGGCAAGAAACAGCUGGCAAACCUGGUGGUGAAAUCGAUGCUAACACGUAUAUGAUGAGCUAGAUGAGGUUGGCCGUGCAGUGAAAUACAGGAUUGAAGCAUUAAGGUUCUUCUACUCGAGUUUAAUAGACGUAAUCAAAAUAUAUCCAAACAAUACUUAGAUAAAGAUUAUAAAACAUCCUGUUCCGUGCUCAUUAGUUUCCUUUUGAACAUUCGGUCCUUUCAAGAACCGCAGUAAAUGAAAUAGAUUUCACAAUCACAGCACAGUCUUACACAACCUGAGUUAGGACAGGCUCAUGUGAGCUUUGUACAAAGUUGCAAAGCAAUCUCUCGAACACAUGCAUUAAAACGUUUCUCUUUUAAUCGUAAGAUACAUGUUGAAAUAAACGUCAAGACGAAUUCGAGGCCCAAUUAACUCUAUAC